UUGACCCAGAUACAUCAACAUUACCUGGUUGUAGUCUUACCCUGCCAUCAAUGUGGAAAGAGUUUCCGUUCCUCAAGUAAUCUACAAGAAUCAUCAAAAAGUACACACUGGGAAAAGCCUUACCACUGCUCUGAGUGUGGGGAGGGAUUCACUCAGCUACUACGUCUUAAAAGCCAUCAGAGAAUACACAAUGGAGGGAAGCCUGUCUGUGCUUUAAAUGUGAUUGUCAAAGAGGAGGGGAGUGAGAGGGAAAUCAAAGAGGAGGAAAAGCGAGAAGUUGAGGAAGAGGAGGACAAUAGUAGUGUAGUUGACCCAGAUACAUCAAGACUAUCUGGUCGUGGUCGUUACCCAUGCCAUCAAUGUGGGAAGAGUUUCCGUUCCUCAAGUAAUCUAAAGAAUCAUCAAAGAGUACACACUGGAGAGAAACCUUAUCACUGCUCACAAUGUGGGAGGGGUUUCAGUGAGAAGGUAAACCUUAAGAGACAUGGCAAAGUACAUAGUGGAAAGAAGCCUUACCACUGCACCCAAUGUGAGAAGAGCUUUAAUUAUUCAGGAAGCCUUAAGGAACACCAGAGAAUACAUACAGGGGAGAAGCCUUACCACUGRUCUCUUUGCGAUAAGAGUUURAGUCAGCCAGGAAACCUUAAGAAACAUCAGAGAAUACAUACAGGGGAAAAGCCUUACCACUGCUCUCUUUGCGGUAAGAGUUUCAGUCAGCCAGGAAACCUUAAGAAACAUCAGAGAGUACAUACAGGCGAGAAGCUUUACCACUGCUCUCAUUGUGGGGGGGGUUUCACUCAGCUAAGAAGUCUUAAAAGUCAUGAGAAAAUACAUAUUGGAGGGGAGCCUGCCUGUGCUUUCAAUGUGAUUGUCAAGGAAGAGGAGGAGGAGGAGGAGGGAGAAAAGAAAGAAGUUGAGGGAGAGGAGAAUGACGUGAAAUAAAGGUGAAGUGAGGAUACAUAAGCGAACUCUGUAGGUAUUGAAAUUCACACCUAUCCUUGCAAUUGCAUCUUCUGUGACAGCAUGGUCAUGGGCAGCACCAUUUGAGUUUUAAAUCAGUAAAGGGCUUUCCUGCACAACUGUAAAAUCCGACUGUAGCCUUGUCACAGCCAGGUCAGCAGUCGGGGUAAUUCCGUAACGUAAUAGUAUCAUCCGUAUUUAGAUGAGAUCGAGACAAGAUCAUUAACAACUAUAGUGGUUGCUGUAAUAGUGKUAUGCCCAGGCCUAAAGCCUGAUUGGUUUACAUUAACAAUACAUGUCUCAUUGUAAACCAGGUUGCCUGUCCGGGCCUAAGCCUGUGUUCCUGGCCUUGACCCAAGCAUCAUUUAUUUUAUGAAUUACUUCUGAAAAGGAUACCACCACCUAAUGUACUGCAGUGUGAAUAGACUGAACAAGAUACCACCACCUAAUGUACUGCAGUGUGUACAGUCUGAACAGGAUACCACCACCUAAUGUUUACUGCAGUGUGUAUAGUCUGAACAGGAUACCACCUAAUGUGCUGCAGUGUGUAUAG